GAAGUAAGAACUGCUGGCCAAAUAUAUAUUUGGCGCCAGUCCACUUCUAUAAAACAACCUGCUGACAACUAAUAUGAUCCGUCUAGUGCGCAUGCGCAGCUAGAAAAGUAAUAUGGCCGCUAAGGUGGAGAUGUCAGUUCUGUCAGACACGAAUAGAUAACGACGUCACACCUUAAGCAGCAAACCUAACCUCCAUUUUGUUUAUAUUUGUGUUUCCAAGUUUGUUAAAUCCACGAUUAAAUUGUACAAAAUACCUGUAUCUGUCAAUCCACCCUUACAUGGUAGCAGAGCUUGUGACGUUAAAAGCAAUCCACAAUUAAGAAGAAGUUAAGUGUUAAGUAAUAAAAUGAGUUAUCAAGAAGAAAUGAUUCAAAUGGAUCAAUCCCACGUGCCAGCCAUGGAAGUUCCAGAAAACAUUUUCGAGAUGCUGACCAACCAAAGUUUUGUGCGACUACUUGCAGAAAAGCUUGGAAAUCUAAACAAUUCGAACACGUCCACGUGUAGCGGAUCCGAAAUAGCAGAGAAGGUGACCAUGCCGGCGUUUGUGAUACCGCAUUACGAAAAUAGUGACAAGUUAAAGGGCCACUCCAACUAUAGGUCAUGGAAACAAAGAGUCGAGCGUGACAUGCUUGCUCUAGGACGCUCCCAAUUCCUGAAAUACGACAUGGGUGGACCAGACUGCACAAUGACUAAAGAAGAAAAGCACAUGUACAAUGCUCAAGUGCUACAAUAUUUGGAAGCAUCGUUGCAGCAUGCUCCCAAAACUGUAAUAGAGAAUGAGCAGUCAGCAGCCGAAGCUUUCCAAAAGCUGACACAAAUGUUUGGAAAAAAUGACGUCCAGAAGAUGGUUGAACUACUGGACAACUUCGGCAAGACGGUGUUCUACCCAAGGAUGAAUCCGGUCAAUUUCGUCUCCCAGUUCGAGAAGGGUAUACAAGAAUUCAAGGAACUAGGUGUUCCAUUGGACCCAAAAAUAGUGGUGGCGUAUUUCCUUCACAAGGUUAAGAAUGCUAAUGGAUUCCUGCCAUUCUUUACAACGAUGACCACUUUACCCGAGGCAACCAGAACCUAUGAGUUUGUGAAAAAUGCAUUUCUAGAGGUAGCAAACUGCCAGUAUUUCAGAGAGGUUGACAACAGUAUGUAUACAAGUAGUAGUUUGAAUGAUAUUUGUUCUGAAUGUUUUAAUGACACAGAUAGGAAUCUCGAGACCGAGAUCAAUGAAGUUUAUACUGCAUGUUCCUUAUGUUUUGAUUAUCCCAUUGGAGAAUCUAAUAUGUUCACGAAUAAUCUCAAUUCUGUUUCAGUCCUCUGCAUUAAAUGUGGAAAGAGUGAUAAUAAUAUAUGUGAUUUCUGUUUAGAGAGUCGACAUGAUAGGUCAUAUAGGGAGCCCCAUACGAAGAAAGAAAAAAAUUCUUUCAAAAGUCCUUCGUAUUUUAAAGAGGAGAAAGUAGACAGUAGUCCCUAUUCUAUCGAGCAACUGAAAAAAAUUAGGAAUAUGACACCAGCUGAAAAACGAGAAGCCAGCUGUAAAAAGUGUGGUUUAUUAUUCCAUCGGUCAGCUGCAUGUACCAACACGGAGAGAUUCUGUUAUUUCUGCCAUAAGAAAGGUCACGAAAAGAAGGACUGUAGGAAACUGAAGGAAUACAAAUCUAAAAAUUAAGAAGAAAAAUAUCACUAGUUUUCGUUUCGGAAGGCGUGUAUAGAGUAUCAGCAAGGAUAAAUUCAAGUGGAACGAAUAAUGUUAAUGUUAAUAAUGUCAAUUAUAAAGAAAAUACAAG